GGGGUAUGUCUAAUUAGAACCUGAACUAUUGACAGAGGCGGUUGUAUGAUAAUCAUAUUCAGUACCUGUGUACAGGUGAGCGUAUACCCAUUGUUUCACAUAGAGUUAAUCGUUUUUGUCUUAUCAAGGUAGAAAUACAAUAGAUCCUGUGUUCCAACAUAUACGACCUAUCCUUCUUGUUGAUCAUCAUUAGGGUUCUUGUUAUCUAUGUAGUAAAAAUUGUUACCCGCACUCAAUUUCUAAAUAAGAUUGGGUGUUAUUUAAGCUUGCUCUUUUGCAUAAAGCAGGGUUUUUCUGAGUAAAUAAGGUUAAUCUAGUGAGUAAAUUAUCAAACUUGUGUGUUUGACUAAAAACCUGGAGUAACAGUUGUGGUUUGGAAAUUAUUGAUCGCCGCUUACCCUUCAAGACAAUUGCUUAUCAACAUUUACCGAAACACUUCACUGGCUUAAUGGGAAGACAGCUUCGUGGUAAAAACCCAUGCUAGCUGCGCUGAUUUUAUUCUGAAGGAUUUUUGCAGAUACCCUUUAAAGCUGUAUAAAAAAUUUGCUUUUUCUCAACUAGUCUGACGGAAGAACUUUCCACACAAUCUUCAAUAGUUUCAACCGUCCCCAUUUAGAGUACGGAAACAUAGUACUCCCCCCCUCACUCCAUAAGGACAAAGUCACUUUGGAGCGUAUCCAACGCCGAGCCACGAAAUCAGUUCGAGGAUUCAAAUCUAAGCCUUACAAAGAACGCCUCCGUUCAGUAGACCUUUACCCACUAGAAUAUAGGCGUCUUAGAGGUGAUUUACUAAUGGCUUAUAGCAUUCUUAACACUUCUGGACAUCCUCUUAAACACCUAUUUAAGCUUAGUUCGAAUAAUAACCUAAGGGGUAACACCCAGAAACUGGAAACACAACAUAGCAAGACGGAAUGUAGACACAACUUUUACUCCUUAAGAGUUGUCAAAAGCUGGAAUUCGCUGCCGGCCGAGCUAGUCCAAGCGACUUCUCAGGAGUCCUUCAAGAGGCAACUUGACCUAUUCUUAAGGACCAAGGACAGCAUCACAUUAUGAUUUACCAAUUUCUUUUCCUUUUUUAUUGUUAACAUACCUAGGUUCCUGCCUGGAGGAUUUGGUGAUCCCCUGCUACUAGACACGGAAGUCUGUUAAGCGAAAGCUUCUUCUAUUCCGUCCACAACCAUUUGAACCAUUUAGUCAUAACAGUUAUAUGUUCAAAAUCUGCCUUAGUAAAUUCUUAACCUGAUUUUCCGUAGAUAAUCUGUAUUAGUUGGGCAACAUUUAUGAGUCUGAACUCGUACUUUUAAGUGUCAUUUCAAACUGAACGAAUGAUUACAAAGUAUCACCAACAUCGCAGCUUAUCUGUACGGUGACAUCUCCAGAUACGUCAGUCAGUCAGCAACAACGUAGAACUUUGUACGUAUGUACAUCAGUUAAAGUUGCCAUGCUACAGCACAGUGAUACAAUUUUCUAUUCAAAUCCCAUAGUGGUAGAUGUAGUAAAAGUAUAAGCAGUAAUCGGAAAGAUGAAGGUUUGGGGAUGUUAUUUAAGGAGUAUAAUCCAGUGAAAUAAAUUUGGAAAGAGGAAAAAAGGACAUGAAGAAAUCAGGAGAUUAGAAUUUGAGAGAACACAAAGAGAAGAUGCACCUGCGCCAUUGCAAACGAUUUUGAACCAUGUCAUUCAAGGUCUGUAACCAUCUGUUGCUAUCAUCUCACGGAUCCCAACCGGGUAGUCUACACCUACCAACAUGGUUCAGUCUACUUGUCAGUGACUUCAUGGAUUUGUGCCAUAUUUUGGUCCGGUCUCCUAUAGCUUUCUUCCAACCGUAGCUGCUACCUUGACGUGGUGGUCGGGCUCACCUAUGGUGAUGACCCAACCGAGCCAUGUUGGCUGUAGGUCCGACCAUGUCAGGCUAGUCGACUGGAGAGCGGUAAGACUAAAAGUAGCAACUCAAGGUCUGAGGGCGGAGUACUGUUGACAGUAGAGAGAUGUGUCAGCAGUAAGUGUUUCCCUCGGACAACCAGCAUCUGCAGCGAUGCUGCUUUAUCACAAGGAAGGAAGGAAAGGAUUAGGAAAUGUCGACUCUAAAAAUGUCACACUUCGCGGAUUUUUGUCUCCGAUGGUAAGGCCUUUUGAAAAACAGAGCUAUCACGUUAAGAACUUCCCACAAAGGCUGUGCGUGACUGGCCUCAAGCAGUUGUCCCUUGGACUGUACAGUCACGCUCCCAGGUCGUUAAGACCAACGCUAACCCAUCUUUGGAUAGUGAUUUUCCUUAACGUUUGUAUUCGUUACAGGUUGCAAAGCCUUAGAAUGACUUUCUCCAGACAAAUGUAUUCGAUUAACCUAUUACGGACAGGUUGGCUGCAUUAUUAUGUUAGCAAUCGGUACUCAGUAGUUCCAGUCACUGGAUUAUCCGAAGCAUCAGUAGCUAGUGACCAGGAAUCUGAAACUAAUUCCAACAAACUUAAAUCCCUCAAUUUCUCCGUGAAUUCAGUUACGUUACUCGGGACUGUCAUCGGAAUAAAAACAUUCCCAAUGCAAAAAACUCCAGAUCGCAACUGGACCCUGAUAUUUUUGAAAACCCAAUCACCUAGAUAUAUAAAUGCUGAAAAUAAAUAUUUAACUGAGACUUCUGAUGCGGAUGAAUAUGAUUUGAAAUUUAAAAUGGUAUGGUACAGUACAUCGAAUAGAGUCCAUGUUUUCAGUCCUAAAUUGGUCUGCGCUCUUAGAGAUGUUAAACUUGGUGAACGUUUACUAGUCACUGGAUUUCUUUCUUAUUAUCAAUCACCUAAACCUGAUGGAACGACUCAAAGAAACUGCUGCGUCACGGCUCAGCGCAUCGCUCAUAUGGGUUGGUCUAGUGAUUAUCAACCUAAAGAUUUAUCACUAUGUGUCUCACAACAUAUAUAUUUUAUCUUCCCAUUAAUGCCAUCACAUCCAUCCAGCAAUCAAAAACUAAACGGUUAA